AUGGCAGAGCAAGAACUUCACUCUAGCUUCUAUGAUACUACAACUGCGUCCUCCUCGCCACCAGAUACCACGUCACAAGCUCAUCCAGGAGCUAGCCAAGUGCAACAAGAGAAUGCCGGAGAUGAGACAACCGACAGACACGGGACAGGCAAUAUAACCGAGGAGCUACACUCCAGUUUCUACAAUGCCACAACGGCAUCGUCCUCUCCUCUAGACCCAGUCUUACCUGACCAACCAUCAGCGGGUGAAGAGCUACAAGACAAUGUCGCAAGCCAGGAAGACUCAUACCAGCGAUUGCCAUUAUCAGGUGCACAGCCUAACCGAGUAUCAGAGUAUCAACCCCGAGGUUGGAGCUCUAGUGACAUGGUCCCGAUUCCUCUACCCUCGUCCCAAAAUCGCCCUUCAGCGCCUCAAAGUCCACGAGAACAUGUUCCUCCAGCCCCUGUUUUCGUCGAAUCCGCCUCUGCUUUCCCCGAUAAUGACCCAAUCUCAUACAUGGUCCCAGAAUUCAUUACAAUGGAAGGCCUCGGAUCUAUGGAAGUGGAUGUUCUUGACGAAGACACCUAUAUCCCCGACAUAUGGGUGCACUUACCAUCAAUUCGGGCCUGGGCAGUACCACGAGCGGUUAGGGAAUUGAACACACGGAUUCAUAUGUGGCUGAAGCAAGCUGUUCCCGGCGAACAGCUUCAGUCUGAUGCCCCAAUCAUGCGUCUCUUCCAGCUCCUACAGAGGCUAGGUAGACCUGCAGUCAUACCAGAGGUUAUGUGGGACCCAGACAAUCUAAAAGGCUGGCCUUGCAUCUUCCUUGCGCGGAAGCUGUACACUUGGCGUCAACCCAUCCCUGCAAAACCACUCACAAAUCCUGUUACUAUCGUCUGCAUCUCCGAUACUCACAACAGUCAACCCAGCCUUCCCGAUGGCGACAUCCUCAUUCACUCCGGUGAUCUCACACAGUCGGGCUCGUUGAAAGAACUCCAGGCAGCAUUCACUUGGUUAAACGCCCAGCCCCAUCCCACCAAAAUAGUUGUUGCCGGCAACCACGAUUUGUCACUCGACCCAAGGCGCCAUGAGGCGGAUCAUGCCAUCGCUGACCUGGAUCGGCUUGACUGGGGCGAGAUCAUCUAUCUGAAUAAGCAGGAGACCACCGUUGCCUGUGCAAACGGUCGCCAGCUUAGGAUUUACGGAAGUCCUUUGACUAAACGUAAUGGCAACUGGGCCUUCCAGUAUCCUCCCGAUCAAGACUUAUGGACUGGCUCCGUGUCUGAAGGGAUUGAUGUGCUAAUCACGCAUGGUCCGCCCCGUGCCCAUCUUGACUUGCUACAUCUGGGCUGUAAUCACCUCCUCCGGGAGCUAUGGAGAGUCAGGCCAAAACUGCAUGUGUUUGGACAUGUCCAUGCUGGUGCAGGUACCGAGUGGAUCUUGUUCGAUGCGCUGCAGGAGGCGUAUGAGCGCACUGUCGUUGCUAAAGGGGGGGAUUUGGAAUCUUCUGUCCACAAUUAG